CAAAAAAGACACUAAAUUUUCACUUCUCUUCAUUUAUUACUAUACAAUAUGUAGCAUAAUUUGCAUCAAAUGACAAAAUAGGUUUUGAAAAAAUCUUGCAUAGUACUUUGUUUGUAUAUAAAUUUCGUACUCACUAAUCCGAUUAAUUCAGAUUCACUUUACUUGUCAUUUCUCAAUUUCCAACCCCAAACCUCCAGUUAAGGUGCAUUGCGUAGACUCACUAGGAGAAUAGUGCUUUACUCGUAAUUUCUCAAUGACCUCAAAUUAAGGACAAAAAAAUCUCAUCCCACUACGAUCAUCAGUGUCCUGGAUCAUACCACUACAUAGAAAAAGUUCUUGGGAGUACAUAGCUAAAGAACUUUUUUUUUUUUUUUUAAUCAAGAUGAGUAAUCUUUUCUCCAAGAUUUAUCCACCCUCUUUUGGAGUAAACCAUCAAAAGCUUUACCCAAAUACCAGUACAAUAAGAUGUUGUUCUAAUGAUGUAUUUUUUGGUACAGAACAAAAUGGUUGGAUACUUAGCAGUUUCCCAGAAAAGAACCUAGUACCAUAUCCACCAGGCAUAGUGAAACCACCUAGGCCAAAAAGAAUAAUUCUUGUUAGACAUGGACAAAGUGAAGGGAAUGUUGAUGAAAAUGUUUAUGCAAGAGUUGCUGAUCCUAAAGUUGGAUUGACAGAAAAAGGGGUAGAAGAAGCAGAGGAAUGUGGAAGGAAAAUGAGGGAGAUGAUUGAGAAAGAUGGUGGAGAUGAUUGGAAAGUUUAUUUCUAUGUUUCACCUUAUAAAAGGGGAAUUGAAACAUUGAGAAAUUUGGCUAAGUCGUUUGAACGUUCAAGAAUUGCUGGUGUUAGAGAAGAGCCUCGUUUGAGAGAACAAGAUUUUGGAAAUUUUCAGGACAGGGAACAAAUGAAGAUAGAGAAAGCUGUCCGAGCUCGUUAUGGUCGUUUCUUUUAUAGGUUUCCUAAUGGAGAAUCGGCAGCAGAUGUUUAUGACAGAAUCACAGGGUUCAGGGAAACACUUAGAAGUGAUAUUGACAUAGGAAGAUUUCAACCACCUGGUCAGCAGAGCCCAAACAUGAACUUGGUUAUAGUUUCUCAUGGACUUACACUAAGGGUGUUCUUGAUGAGAUGGUAUAAAUGGACAGUGCAGCAAUUUGAAGGACUCCAUAAUAUGAGUAAUGGGGGCAUGAUUGUCAUGGAAAGAGGCUACGGUGGAAGGUACUGUUUGUCAAUGCACCAUACAAGGGAGGAGUUGCAGAAAUUUGGGAUGACUGAUGAAAUGCUAAUCGACCAAGAAUGGCAAAAGAUUGCGAGGCCAGGUGAACUGAAUUACGAUUGCUUGAUUACUGGACCAUCUUACUUUACUCACAUUGAUGAUGAUGACGACAAGAAUUUUGAGUUGUAAUAUUAUUAAGGGAACAAAAGAGGAGAAACUCUUGAAAGGAAGUUAGAGCUGUUGGAAUUCACAACCAUACUUGGUGAAAAUACAUCAGCUUUCAGAGAGAGUGCUUCGUAUACACCGACAGUAUAAAGAAUUUCACACUACUAGCGUAAUUUUACCUGUUGUAACUUGUGAUCGGUGAUUUACCAUGUUUGCUGACUAUCAAUCCAACAUUCCUGUAAAAAGUUACAUGUAUUUGACUC